CAAAAACCCUUAGCCUUUGUGGUUCAAAAUAAAUUUAAAUUCUAAGUGCUUUGAUUAUACCUUUUUACUUGGGAACCGGGUUUUGUUUACAUUACAGUGCUGUUGUUCGCCCUACCGAGUGUGGUGAAUUCGCUUUUGUUGUUAUCUUACUCAAACACUUACGAUGGGAGUAAACUUUUUCUUAUCAGCGCCGAAUGAGCUUCAGAGACUAUUCAUUAUUCCCUUUCGCUGAGUGCUCCAGUGCUCAACAAACGCUCAGGGGAAACAGUUACAUUCAAGGCAGAAUUCGGUCGAUCCUUUCGAUUAUUGAAGUGCCGGAAUACCUCAGAAACCAACGAUCUUUUUUCAGCACAGCACGGGCGUCAGAAGCAAUGUGGUCCUAAGAUGGACACCACACACUGGAAGCCAAACAUCCAGGUAUACGGGCUGAUCCUGCUGACCCUGUGGAUAGCCUGGGUCCAAGGACAAUCUGAACUAACGGCAAAUGCCAUCAGUGGGAGUCAGGAAUUUGCAGAAAAGGUUGAGGUCAAUGUAGUGUCCACAGCUUAUACGCUUGCCUUUAAGAUCUCCGAUGGCACGGAAUAUGCCAUUGACAGCGUCACCUGUCGCAAUGGAAGCGGUACAGAAACCAAAGCCAACGAGGCUAAUGUGUGCGAAAGCCUAGAUCCCUGCACCUUCUACACCUGUGUGGUUAGCUUCCGUUCAAUUGUCGUUGGCACUCCGCCUCUUCCCGACCAAACUAUCUAUGCCUACACCGAGUACAAACAGCCCAGGACAACAAUGACCUCGGUGGUGCCCACAGCAAACACUAUUAAGGUUACUUGGCAGACCACCGAUCGCGCCUGCGUGGCGCUCUUCAAGAUUGAAGCCAAGGCGGCGGAUACUUAUUCCACGGAGCAGCUGAACGAUAAGAGCACACAUACCUUCAAGGGUGUAAAGUCCUGUCUGACGCACACCAUCACUUUGGUGACCCACAACAAUGCCAGUCAAGUGGUGGACCAAGACACCCAGAAUGUGGAUACUCUGUAUGCAGAGCCAGGCGAUAUAUCUAUGAAUAUCACUAACCUGGCCAACGGCAUUACGGUGGUUAAGUGGGGCGAUCCCAGCGAGGAGAACUGCAUCAGCAACUAUGUUUUCAAGUGGCGACGCGACGACUGCAUUCAAGAACCGGAAACGACCACAACGGAAGAUCCCAUGACAACGAGCUCUGGUGAGGAUUACACCACAGAUGCCAGCACAGAAGAACCUAGCUCUCCGGAGCAGCCAGAGUACAACAGUGUUGAAUGCGAAUGGAGUGACAUCUCUGCUGAUGGCAAGCUCAGGGAGUAUCUACUGACGGAUCUGCAAGGAUGCGAGCUGUACACCUUCCAGGUCUUUACUAAUGAAAACGCCACAGCCAAGGCCUUGCAGCAGUUUACAUCCGCGGAAAAGGUUUCCAGUGCUGUCUUCGAGCCAACUCAUAUCUCCAAUACCACGGAGCUGCGUUGGACAUGGAGCGAGCCCCAGGAUCAUCCCCGAUGUGUGGCCAAUUACAGUGUAAAGCUAUCGGGACCCAGCCAACGGCCUGCAAAUGAAACCACAGACUUGGUGACCCUGGAUAAGGUGGCUGUCUUCGAGAACCUAGAUCCAUGCGGCAUUUACACCGUAGAGAUAGUGCCCAUUUUGCUGAAUGGUAGCUCUGGAGCCAGGUACCAGGACCAAGGCACUGUCAGUGAAGAUCAGCCCACGCAAAUCCUGGAGCCCGUUCUGCUGCCCGAUUCCUUCUCGCUGGAGUUGACCUGGCUGACACCCGUCUAUGCGGAUCUCUGCAUCGAUGGCUACCGCCUGUCUGGCUGGAUGGAUGACGAUGUCACGGUGGUGGAGGUGGAGGCUCUCAGUGUCACCACCCAGAACACCAGCGUGGUCUUUAGCAAUCUUCUAGCUUGCCAAGUCUACAUCAUCCAGAUCAUCCCCUACACCAGGGAGAGCCUUGAUGGUCAGUUGCGGCAGGUCGAGGUGGAGACCAGGCCGGCCAUUGUCGAUUCCUCCAAGAUCACCCUCCAGCUGACGGGCAAGGGUUCGGCUUCGCACAGCCUGGAGUUAUCGGCCAACAAUGCGGAUUACAACAAUACCUGUCUGACCAUCUUUGCCUUCUUCAACUGCAGCACCACCUCAUCUGUACGCAAUCCGUCCGCGGAGCGUUACGUCGAGGGGCACAGCAAGCGAGGCUUCCAGGCCAAGCUCAGUCCGCUCUCCCCGUACACCUACUACUCCUGCAGUGUGACAUUGUACAAUGUAGCAGGACCUUCGCCGGUGAAGACGAUCCAUAAUCUCCAGACCGAAACAUACUUUCCCGAGCAGCCGCAGAACGUGACUCCACGUGACAGCACUCGGAGUAGCCUACAGUUCACCUGGGAACCGCCCACCUAUCUAAAUGGCCCGAUCAAGUACUACCAGGUCUUUCUGAUGCGCCACGAGGCCAGCUACUUUGUGCCGGAGGACUGUCCUGCAAUUGUUGAGGACUCCAAGCCGGAGACCAAGGGAGAUCUGAAUGCGAACUUCACGGGUUUGGCGCCAUCGGUGCGAUAUAUAUUGCAGGUUGCGGCCCAGAAUGAUUUUGGAAUGGGUGACUACACGGCGCCGGUAAUUGGCACCACUCGUCCGACAGUCUCCGACAACGUGACCCAGCUAUCCGUCUUGCCCCAGGGUCCGUUGAAUGACAACAAAGAGUACAGUGCGAACGUGACCAUCACCUGGACGGUUCCCUGCAAGUCCAAUGGCGAUAUUGAGUACUUCCAGCUGAGCUUCAGCGGAAGCCGGCCAAACUACAAACCGGUUGCAUUCCAGCGAAAUGUGGCACUGGACACGGAGAACCUCAAGGGGCGGAUGUCGUACACGGAGACCGAUAUGCAGCCGCAGUAUGCAUACACCGUACAGGUGGCCGUGAAGAACCGCGAAGUGGAGGAGCUCAGCGGAAGUGUGCCCGGUUCAUGGGAGUCACCAGCAGGAUUGCCUUCUGUUCUGAGCAAACAGGUAGUGGACGAAAUGAAAGUCAUCCCCCAGCAGACGAAUCACCCGACCAAGUCAGCGGUUGUUCGACUUCCGGCUGAAAUCUUGCAGUCCGAGUCCGGGGAGAUAACCUACAUUGCGCUUCUCCUCUCGAGCUGCGCUGAUGCACCGGAACUGCAGCACAAUGUCGGUGACAGUUGGCCCAACGUGUUGAACUACGAGCAAGCUGGAGGCGACGGAACAGGACCAUCUUGCAUCUUGCAAUACCAAACGACAGAGGAGCGCUGGGAACCGGUGGUCAGCACUAGGGCACGGCAGAGUCGGGACGUGGAUUUGGAGUCGCUGGAAAUAGUGUUUACCAUUGGCACCGACAAGUGCAACGAGGGCAAGCGCUUUUGCAAUGGGCCUUUGAAAGCGGACACGGAGUACAACAUGGUGGUGAGGCUGUUCACAAAGUCUGGUUACAGUGAUGCUGCUGUGGUGUACUUCAAGACGGAAGCGGCCCUUAAGGUCACGCUGAUCCUCGUGAGCGUGUGCAGCUGCCUAUUGCUGGCCUUUGUGAUUGGAUUGGCGGUGCUGUGGGUGCGAAAGCGAAUGGCCUGGCAUCGCGACUCCGGCCAGGGUAUCGAGGAUCCUUUUGGAAAUGUGAUUGCCAAGAACUUUGCUAUCUUCUAUGCGGAGGUGGCCAAGCCGGAGAAGCUGGCGCGCGAGUUCAAGGAGAUCACCGUGCAGGCUUUGGAGCUGAGCUAUGCCGCCUCCGAGUUGGGUUGCCAUAAGAAUCGCUAUGCAGACAUAUAUCCCUACGACAAGAAUCGAGUAAUACUCGACAUCGAUGCAGAGGGAUCGGACUACAUCAACGCCUCUUUUAUAGACGGAGACCCGAGGAAAAAGGAGUACAUAGCCACGCAGGGACCCAAGCCGGAGAGCAUAAUGGACUUUUGGCGCAUGGUCCUGCAGUACAACGUCCGAGUCAUUGUUCAGGUUACCCAGUUCCGGGAAAACGACAUUAUCAAGUGCCACGAGUACUUUCCAUACACCAUGAGGGGAUUAACAGUCACUAUCAAGUCCAAGGAGGUCUUUGAGCUGUAUGAUCGUACCGAACUCUCAGUGAUCCACGACAAGUACGGCCUGAAGGAGAAGGUGAUCCACUUCUACUUCAAGAAGUGGCCCGAUCACGGCUGUCCCGCGGAUCCUAUGCACCUAAUUACCUUUGUUAAAAAGGUGAAGGCGGAACGGCGGCCCAGCUACUCACCUAUUGUAGUCCAUUGCAGCGCGGGAGUGGGCAGGACGGGCACCUUCAUUGGCCUGGAUCUGAUCAUGCAGCGUCUGAAAAGCGAGUCGAAAAUUAACAUCUUCGAGACGGUGAAGAAGCUGCGGUUUCAGCGCAUGAAGAUGGUGCAGACCCUGCAGCAGUACACGUUCCUCUACGCUUGCACCUAUGAGCUGGUAAAACAAAAGAUUCCCCGAGCAGCCUUGAAGCUGGAGGGCCGUCCCAAGUCCCAAACGAUACCAGCCCUUUCGGCGCCCAAGAAGGUGAGCUUCCCGGACGUGGAAGUGGGCAGUGGGGAAGCGGAUGACCAUGUGUCCUCCGCUCCUAAGGCCGAUAAUAUCGAUGUGCCCACUCUGCAGCUGCCGACGCGGUACUCCGGCCUGCGGAAAAGCACUUCGCCACUUACGACGGGCAGCAAUGAGGCGGGCACGAGCAGCAGCAACAUGUGAAAGACGAGACAGCUGUGAUGUCCAAGGAGCUGUGUAUUUUUUGUAUUUAUUGGAUGUGUAUUGUACGAACAGAACGUAGCAGCAAUUAUAGCCAAAGAAAUGUUUUUAAAGCAUAACUAAAGCUUUUAAAGUGGAUAUAAAUUUUGCAUAUUGUAUUGGAAAA